CCAACUUCAGUCUGCAGCCUCCUGAGUGACUUCCACGUGGCUCAGUUCUCCUUGUGACCAGGGGCUGGACUUUCCUGAUUUCUCAUCCAUCUUAAGAGGAGUGGGUGAAGCGAAGCUGAUUUCUCCUUGUUUUUUUUCUGGACCAGAAGAUAAGAAUCCAGUUCAAAAACCUUCCAGCAUUUGCAAGUCAGGUGACAGAAACAGGAGAACCAGAAAUUGAUAGAACCACCCAUUCUGAUACUGAGAGCAACCCAUUAAGAAGCAGGAAAGAGGAAAAUCAGAUUCCCACAAGGAGGAAAAUGGCAAAACGGAAGGCAGAUAAUGGCAGAGCAAAACAAAUCUCCAGGUGAUGUUUAUAAAUUCUUGACAAUCCGAAUGUAAUAUUAGGAAAAGGAAGGUGACAUUGUUCCUUUGGCAGAAAAGCUUGCAAGAGUACCUAGAAGUUGUUGAGUCCACCUAGAGGAAAAGCCAUGUCAAUUCAUGGAAAAAGCAUCACUAUGAAUAAUAAAUGUAUUUCAGAUGAAGAACCCCUCAGAGGGGAGAAAAGGUAUAACUGUAUGCAGUGUGGAAAGAGCUUCAGGCAAAGGAGGUACCUAAGUAAACAUCAAAUAACUCACACAGGGGAGAAACCAUAUGAAUGCCUGGAAUGCGGGAAGAGCUUCAGUCGGAAAGAUCAACUUAGUUUCCAUCAAAGAACUCACACAGGAGAAAAGCCGUAUAAGUGCACAGAAUGCGGGAAAUGCUUCGGUCACAGCAGUACCCUACGUUUACAUCAAAGGACUCACACUGGGGAGAAACCUUAUGAAUGCCUGGAAUGCGGGAAGAGCUUCAGUCGGAAAGAUCAACUUAGUUUCCAUCAAAGAACUCACACAGGAGAGAAGCCGUAUAAGUGCAUAGCUUGUGGGAAGAGGUUUAGUCAACACAGUGCCCUAUAUUUACAUCACAGAACUCACACAGGGGAGAAACCAUAUGAAUGCGAGGAAUGUGGAAAGAGUUUCAGGGACUGCAAUACCCUACGUUUCCAUCAAAGAACUCACACUGGGGAGAAACCAUAUAAAUGCAUGGAAUGUGGAAAGAACUUCAGUUGGAGCAGUAGCCUAAAUAUACAUCACAGAACUCACACAGGGGAGAAACUAUUUAAAUGCCUGGAAUGUGGGAAGAGCUUCAGUCGGAACAGUUCCCUGAGUGUACAUCAUAGAACUCACACAGGGGAGAAACCAUAUGAAUGCAUAGAAUGUGGAAAGAGUUUCCACGAUAUGAGUACCUUUAAAUUACACAGAAGAAUUCACACCGGAGAAAAACCAUAUAAAUGCAUGGAAUGUGGACGGAGCUUUAAACAGCGUGUUAGCCUGAGAUUACAUCAAAGAAUUCAUACAGGGGAGAAACCAUAUAAAUGCAUAGAAUGUGGAAACAGCUUUCGUUUCGCCAGUAGCCUAUAUACACAUCGGAAAAGUCACACAGGGGAGAAACCAUAUGAAUGUAUGGAAUGUGGAAAGAGAUUCAGUCAGCACAGUUCCCUGCAUUUACAUGAAAGAACUCACAAAGGGGAGAAACCAUAUGAAUGCAUGGAAUGUGGAAAGAGCUUUAGUCAGAGUUGUUACCUUAGGCCCCAUCAAAGAAUUCAUACAGGGGAGAAACCUUAUAAAUGCCUAGAAUGUGGAAAGAGUUUCAGGGAAAGCAAUACCCUAAGAUUGCAUCAAAGAACUCAUACAGGGGAGAAACCAUAUAAAUGCAUGGACUGUGGACGGAACUUUAGGCACAGUGGUAGCCUGAGAAGACAUCAGAGUAUUCAUACAGGGGAGAAAUUUUAUAAAUGCUUGGAAUGUGGAAAGAACUUCAGUAACAAGAGUAGCUUAAAUGCACAUCAAAGAACUCAUACAGGGGAGAAACCAUAUGAAUGCCUGGAAUGUGGAAAGAGUUUCAGUCAGAGCACUAAGCUACGUUUUCAUAAAAGAACUCACACAGGGGAAAAACCAUAUAAAUGCAUGGAAUGUGGGAAAAGCUUCAGUCAGAGUUGUUACCUUAGUUCCCAUAAAACAACUCACAGUGGAGAAAAACCAUAUAAUUGCACGGAAUGUGGAUUGAGCUUUAAACGGAGUCAAAGCUUGAGGGUACAUCAAAAUAUUCAUACUGGGGAUAAAUCAUACAAAUGCUUGGAAUGUGGAAAGAACUUCUGUCACAGCAGUAACCUAAAUGCCCAUCAAAGAACUCACAGUGGGGAGAAACCAUAUGAAUGUCUGGAAUGUGGGAAGAGCUUCAGUAGCAAAAGUCACCUUAGUUCCCAUCAAACAACUCACACAGGAGAGAAGCCAUAUAAAUGCAUAGAAUGUGGGAAGAGCUUCAGUCAAAAUCAUCAACUUAGUUCACAUCAAAGAAUUCACACAGGGGAGAAACCAUAUAAGUGCCUGGAAUGUGGAAAGAGUUUCAGGGACAGAAGUACUCUAAUUUACCAUGAGAGAACUCACACAGGGGAGAAACCAUAUAAAUGUUUGGAAUGUGGAAAGGGCUUCAUUAACAGCAGUCAACUUCGUACACAUCAAAGGAUUCACACAGGGGAGAAACCAUAUAAAUGCGUAGAGUGUGGGAAGAGCUUCAGUCAGAGCGCUCACCUUAGUUCACAUAAAAAAACCUCACACGGGGAUAAACCAUAUAAAUGCAUGAAAUGUGGAAACAGCUUUGGUUCCAGCAGUAGCCUAAAUACACAUCAGAGAACUCACACAGGGGAGAAAACAUGAAUGCAUGGAAUGUGGAAGAAGAUUCAGGCUCAGCAGUGCCCUAAGUUUAUAUCAAAUAACUCACACAGGAGAAACUGUAUUCAUGCAUGGAAUGUUUAUCAUUGAAUUUUGGGAGGUUCUAAUUAAAAUAGUUCAAAUAAAUAAUUAUCAUAUUUACAACCCCAUUUUAAAGUAUAAAUGUUAGCAUUAUUUUAAUUCAUUGUAUUUUACUGAUACCUAUGGCAUGAUAGUAUUUUAGCCGCCCAGAUUGGUAUGAUAUACCAGAUGGGCGGGAUAUAAAUCAAAUAAAGAAAGAAAGAAAUAAAAUAAGAAACUACAUUACAGAGAAUCCCAAUAAAUUGUUGAGGUUUGGGUAGACAUUUGCUAGAACAACGAUGGUGUCACCAUCCAUUUUGUCUUUCAGGGGUAGCCAAACUUUUAAUCUAGGUGUGAGAUCUGAGACCCAUUGUUCGAGAGGUACCUUUUUCUGUCACAGGAAAUGAAUUUUUUGGGGAAAAGGAAGGAAUGUAAAAUUUACCCCUUUUAUGGGAUGGGAUCCUGAGUAGGGAAUGAGUAGGGAAUGGGUAGAUAGUUUAGAUGCCAUGGUCUGUCUCUCCGGCUUCCUGCAGGCAUCACCUCUGUUUAAAAAACAAGCCUUGAAACUUGAGGACACCAGUUAUACAGAGCCUCCUAUCAGACUGCUUCCAUUCUUCCCACUUAACUUUAGCAAAGUAAGAGACUGUGGAGACUUAGACAUGGGAAGAAAACAACACGAGAGUUCUUAGUGAUUAUAAUAUAUUGGUUAUGGCUACACAUAGAUACAUAUAUACAAGGCAAGAUACAUUUGGCAUAACAACAUUCAGAGCAAUAUUGACAUAGAAGUAAAUGA